UUUAAGUGAGUAGGUGCCGAAGGAUUGCCAACGAUUGAAUUUAUUUUAUUUUGUGAUUGACCAUGUCAUUUUCGGAUUUGUACGCCAAAUAUAAUUGUACUUAUUGUCAGGAAGAAAUAAAUGGUAUUAGAGUAAGAUGUACAGAAUGCACAGAUUUUGAUAUUUGCCUACAGUGUUUUUCCUUGGGUGCUGAAAUAGGAUCUCAUAAAAAUGACCACGCGUACCAGUUUAUGGACUCUGGAGCAUUUGGAAUAUUCUUAGGUCGAAGUAGUUGGUCUGCAAAUGAGGAAGUAAGACUGUUAGAUGCAAUAGAGCAAUUUGGUUUCGGUAACUGGGAAGAUAUUGCCAAGCACAUAGAAUCAAGAACACCGGAGGAGGCCAAAGAUGAGUAUAUAACUCGGUACUUAGAAGGCAGUAUUGGACGGGCGACCUGGGGAAAUGUUGAGAGCACUAGUCGACCCACACUGCUCUGUGCAGACAGAGAUGAAGGCCCGCUUGGGCCGAGUGCAGUAUCUAGAUUGCCCCCUCUGGCGGUGUCGGCUGAGGAGGCUACACAGCUUAGUUAUAUGCCCAAUAGAGAUGACUUUGAAAGGGAACAUGAUCAUGAGGCAGAACAGCUGAUCUCAACUCUGUCCAUCAGCCCUGAGGAUGAUGAGCUGGAUGUUGCCCUAAAACUGUCCCAAGUGGACCUAUACACUCGGCGGCUGCGCGAGCGCACGCGACGGAAGCGGCUGGUGCCUUACAUUUUUAUUUGUCGUAACUAUUACUAUGAGUUCACGGAACGCCUCCGCUGGACGGCCCAGUUCUACGGUCGGGCCGAGCACACGGCCGUCGUGAGCGGGCUGUGGCGCGAGCGCGAGCUGCGCGUGCGCCUGGCCGAGCUGCACCGCUACCGCCUCGCCGGCGUCACCCGCCUCGAGGAGUGCGCUCACUACGAGCAACACGCCGCGCAGAGAAAGCCCCACGCGCAACACGACGGCAGCAGUGGGUGCCAGGACACCAGCCUGACAAAAGAGGGAACUCAGAACAGCACGCAGCUGCUAAGAAAAAGAGACGGAGAAGGGGCCUCAAGUUCCACCAGCCCAAAGUGCACACGGGACGGAAGUACCGGCUGUUCAUGCUGCAAAAAGAGCUCAUGCGUCGGCGGCUGCUCGAGGCGGCUGCUGACAACUAACGAGAUACAGCUCUGCACCGCAUUGAACCUGGCGCCCACACAAUACGUGACCAUGAAAGGCGUCCUGUUACGGCGACCCGCAUCACACGACUCCGAUCUCGACGUUGCUGUGCGCCACUACCUUCAGAGAGCCGGUUGGGUACACUAGCAUAACAGAUAAUAUACGGUGUAGUGUGACAGGCCACACUCACACUACAAUUCCUACCCAUACCUAUAUAAGAUUGUCAAUAUCACUUUUGAUUUAUGUUCGCACAUUUGUCCAUACAUUCCUAUAUGAUUUUUUCAUCGCUGGCGCCCACUGCAAGCCGCACUGGCAAGGUCGCCAUGUGAUGUGGAGACUAAAGGACAAAUCGAUUGUAGUUAAUACAGGUUUAUUCCGCUUAGGAUUACAGGGUGCGACCGCUUAUAUAGUAUGGGUAGGAAUUGCUGUAGUGUGAGUGUGGCCUGUCACACUACAACGUGUGUAACAUGAGGAAACCGAAAGUUUUUAACUCAGCAAUUCCCGAAAAGUUUGUACAUUUUGAUCACGUCUCCGAUUUUGGUAAAAAUUGGUAGGCUGAUAGAGUCCAUGAUGCUGAGCAAGAUCCACUAGGUUUCUCAAAAUGUCCCAGGCAGUUUGUAUGAAACUUUCCCUUUUUGUUACCGAAAAUGUAUAGAAAUCUGGUCUGGUGGUUUUGUUAUCGAAAAUGUAUAGGAUUUACAUACUUCAUACUAAGAAUCGUACCUCGAUUUAAUAGCGCCACCUAUUAAAUACUAUCAUAACUACACUGAUGAUGCCUGCAAUUUUUUUUUAAAUGUGUUUGACGUGAU